UCUCUGGAACUACGCACGUUUCACUUGUUCGGUGUCCGUGUAUUACGUUUAAAAGAAGAUCAACACAAGUUAUUGACAAUGCCUCGUGGUGGUCGGAGCAGAGGGAGGUCGUUCUCGCCAGUGAGGUCGGCACCUCCUAGGACUACUACUACUGCACGGGCUCCAGCUCCAGCUCCUGCCCCUGCACGUACAUCAGCACCUGUAGCCCAAGCACCCCAGCAAACUGCUGUUGGACAGCCAAGGCAAGGACCAGGUAUGUUAGGUCAGAUUGCAAGCACAGCAGCUGGGGUUGCUAUUGGAUCGGCAGUGGGACAUACAAUAGGACAUGCCAUGACAGGCGGUGGUGGUGGUGGCAGUGGAGGAAAUCAGCCUGAUGUGACCUACCAAGAACCAAGUGCAGCCCAGCCAUAUGGAGCCCAGCCAUACCAGCAGCAGCAACAACAGCCAGCUCAGUAUUGUCAGUUUGAGUUAAAGCAGUUUCUGGAGUGUGCUCAAAGUACUCAUGAUAUCUCACUGUGUGAUGGGUUUAACCAAGCACUCAAAGAUUGCAAAGUACAGUACGGUGUACAAUGAUAUCCAGUUUGUAUUGUGUGAAUGCCGGUAUUACAAUAAAGAAAGAAGUUUGCAGUAAACAUAGUGCUACAGGAUGAAGGGAUAAAUGGCUGUAUAGUUUAACCUGUAAUAGUUUUUGCCAAGAACAAAUCCAGUUUGAUAUAUUUUGUGCAUGAGCAUCUUAUGUGCGAGUGUGAAUAUAGGAAUACAAGUAUUUAAAUAAAAUAAACUUGUUGAUUUU